GAUUCGAGAGAUGGUUCAAGUCAGUGCUUAAUAAAUGAUGAUAAGUUUAGAAAUAUUGUGCAUCCACUUAUUAUUAGUGUGACAUUUUAGCAUGCAAAUGAAGGGGAAAACUUCAAGAUAUCGGCCCAUAAAAAUCGGCAGCACAUAUCGGCCAUCUGCUGACCCUGACCUCUAAACAUCGGCAUCGGCUAUAGAAAAACCCAUAUCGGUCGAUCUAAAAAUUUUUAUCGUGAUCUCGAUAUGAUUGUUUAUCGCCCAGUCCUACCCAUGGCAAUUAAUAUCAGUUUCAGUUGGAUAUCAACAAACAAAAGAUAUGAGAUGCAUUGUUUAUUUUUAAGAGUUGAUCAUCCUUUUUGUUAAGAUAUGCAUGAUUAUUUUCUAAAAUUAGAUCUGCUUUUACCAUUAUUUAUCCCUGAUUUCGGAGCAGACCAUAAACACAAAACCAAAUAAGAAACCUCAUGAUGGUUGUUCUCAUGCAUAAGUCCUCUCUCUUACACUGUGUCUCUGCUCUUCACAGGCCUGUAAAGAACCUGUCUUACGCAGGAAAGCUAUGGAUAAAUGUGCUCGUAAGGUCUGCCAUGCUCUGGCCAGCAUCAAUUGGGACAUAAAGCUGACACAUUGGCUUCAUAGUACACUUGUUGAGUCUUUGAGUCUUGCUAUGCUGGCCGCUUACGUUGAUGUACUGCAGACACUCAAAAGCAAGGUACCAUCCCUGAUCGACAGGAUGUUGCUGUCAUCCUCUGUUUAAACAGGAGCGGCAGGAGCUGAGGCUCUUUCUCUUUCUCACUUUAUUUUGUUCUUUUAAUAUAAUUGUAAAAAUGUCCCCUUUCAGGUCGUGGGUCAUGUCUUUUUGCUGUAAAAUAUUUCGAAAUAUUAUUUUGCUGGGUCAUAUGAUGCGAUUUCAGUUUUUCCUUUCUCUUUGGAGUGUCACAAGCUCUUGGUACAUGAAGAAGAUCUGUAAAGUCUCAAAUCCAAAGAGAUAUUCUUUAUAAAAGUUAAGAUUCUGCGUCGCAAAAAGUCGCAUUCAGUGUGAGAACACUGUAAUAUAAAAGUCUUUAACAGGAAAUGUCUGCUAUCCCCCUGAUAGAUGUCUUGAUUACUGUCUGUAUCUGAUUUGCGUACACAUCUUUAUUUAUUUUUUUCAGAGUAAACUUCCUGGAUCCCCCCUGAUCCUGAUAGCUCCAUCAGGACCAACAAAUCCCACCUUCUCUACCUCUCGACGAAUGAGAUUCUGGCAGUCUCAGCUCUCCUGUCUAGGGAAGGUAAUUCCCAUUAACGUUCAUGUGGGCAGUGGAGCCAACAUCGGAAUCACGCAAUGUGUAGAGCACAUGAUCGGCACAGUCAGAGGAAAAGUCAUUGAGGAUGUUGAUGAUCCGCUGUUGAACAUGAAGACACCAGUGCUGUUUGUGGUCGGUCAGAACACACUUCAGUGCAGUCCUGAGACUAUGGAGGAGUUCAGCGAGAAGAUUCAGGCUGAUAACAGCAUGGUAGUUGUCGGAGUUGCAGAUGACAACUUGAACACUUACAGAACGCACAGAAAUGAAAAGGGAUAUGUCCAGUGUCUGCAGUAGUCCUACAGCCAGCCCCAAACCCAAGAUGGUUGGACUUUCCCCAGCUCAGAAAUCCAGUCUCAUUACUGCCACACAGCUGCUGAAGACACACAUGCAGCGCUCAGGAACUGUGCUCACACAUAAACAAGCGCAAGUGCCGGUGCCCAGUGAGCAGGUGGAGGGUUUGGACCGAGACGACCUGAGGCUCCACCUCAAGAGAAGACAGACUCCCAGUCCCACUCCCACCAAAGCCUCCAAAAUAGCCAACAUCAAAGUCACCAUCGUCUCCCACGGAGACGCGGCGGGAAAUAUGACAGGCUCCACUUCUCAAGAAGGAAAGCCCCUCGGACUGACAGUGGGCCAAACUGUGUCUGGGGCCAAAGAGCUGUGUGAGCUUCUCAGUGCACAAAGGUCAGGAGGUUUGGCAGACAUGUCUGGAGCUUUGGGUUCCAGUGAAGGGCCUUUUCACAGCCUGCAGGGGAGUUUGAUUUCGGGUUCUUCCUCUCCUGUCCAGGCUCAGGCCCCCGCCACUGCGCAAGCUCCUUCUGCCAGUAGUCUGCUGCAGGGUCUCAGCCUCAGUCUGCAGGAGAUCAACACUAAAUCCCCCAGGCGUCCCCUCCACCACAAAGGUGUGUCAGGGGCAGGUGUUGAGCACACUAGUGCGGGCGCUGCCGGUCGUGUCGACGGGAUUCGGGAUGACCAAAACCACAGCCAUCCACCAUCUCCUCACCAACGGCGGCCUGGCCAAACUAGCCCAUAGUCUGCCAGGACUGGCCCACGUCUCCAGCCAGAGCACGGGUACGUCCUCGUCGCCACUGAUGACACAGCGAUCCAAACAGAGGCGUCCGUGUUGAGUAGGGACUAGAGUAGCUGUAAGGUCAAAGGUCGAGUCAAUGAGAAGCAUCUAAACUGAUAAACGCUCUGACAAAUCAACAAACAUCUAGCUGAGCAUGUAAAUAUGUUCCAUAAACUUUGUAUUUUGUAUUUUUUUUAUGCAUGUAAAGAGCUUUAUUGUGUCAUCUUCUACAAUAUCGGGUUUGUCAAGUUUGUCAGCUCGCCCUUGAGAUCGACCUUCAAACUGUCCAGAGGCCCAGAAUAUAUAUAUGGCAGUGCUGUAAAAAUGAUCAAUCAAUUCCCACAACAGCAGCUUCAUUCAUGCUUAACGUGACCAACUGUUUUUGUUGGAUGAGGAGUCUGUAAAUCAUAAGGCUUGCUCUACUCACAAAGACAUCCAUUAAAGCCAAAACACCAAACCGUUUUUCCUACCUCCUUGUGUCAUUAUUGUUUUGCUUUCUGUUUUCAUCUCCCAACUGCAUGCAGUGUUCUUUGCAGAAGUUUAAAUUAUGUAAAUA